AUGGCUGCUCACCCCAGAGAUGUGAACAAGAGGAGGCAAAGUCAGACAGGUCUGCCUCUGUACCACUCUGGAUCCCUGCUGAAGAAACACAGUAAAGAAAAGAAUUUCACAAAGUUCUUCGCUGAGCUCCGUGGAACGACGCUGUUUCUCUACACAGAUUACACCCAGGAUACAUACGUACAGAAGCUGGACCUGGAGCUGCUGAAGUCCAUGAAUUCAGAGUCGUCACAUAAAAGCAAGAUGCCCACGCUCUUCCAUCUCAGCCUGCCGUCAGAGACGGUGCAGUUAAAGAUGGAAAAUGCCGACACUGCAGAGCUGUGGAGGGGCUACAUCCUGACUGUGACCAAAAAAGAGAUCCCCAGUAAGCUGCAGCUGCUGCCGGGCCAGAUGGUGCAGCUGCAAGAGACUCUGGAACGCGAGAAAGCUAGAACUCUCUCACUGCCGCGCCCGCCCCUCCCACCCCGACCGCCCUUCAUGCACGCCCAAAAUUCAGGUGGAUGCAACCCUGCAAAUCCCGGAGACGCGCCAGACAGCCGCAACCCUGACACUCCUGCCUGUUUCUUCAACGUGACUCGACAAGAGGCUGAGCGGAUGCUGGAAUGCAACCCUCAGCAUGGCAACAUCAUCCUCCGCCCGGCCAGAAUGGCCAAUAACUACGCCCUGACCCUCAGACAAAUGACGCCCAGUGGUCCGUCCAUAAAGAACUUCAGAGUGUCUUCUACAAGUUCUGGGUUUGUCAUUGAGCUGGACAAACCAGUGACGGUCUCCAGUCUGAAUGAAGUGCUUCACUACUUUAUUGAGUUGACGGAGAAUCGCCUCGUCCCCUACACAGAAAGUCAGCCCUACGACACCAGAAAGAUGCUGCCUGCACCGAAGUUUGUCAGCUCCAGCGCCUCGGUUAAUUCAAAAAACGUACCACAGGCUCAAGUGGCUCCCGUCCAGCGGCCGAAAAGCAGAAAGGAGCUCCCGCCGCUUCCACUUCCCAACAAGCCUGAUGAUGGAGAAUACAUGGAGCCCGAUGACUUCAACCUUAAUACUGUAAGCCAAGUUUCGUUCGGCAUCGAGCUUCAACAUGUCUUGAAACAACGGAGAGAAAUCAUCAAUGGUGAUUCUGAGGAUGAAGACGAAAAGCAUUUUGAUAAACGCCUGUCAGACAGAUUCUCCUCCAGCACAGUAAAGUCGCAUUGA